AGGAGGGAGCUGGGACUCCCUAAACUUCUGCAGAAGAAGGGAGAAGCCCAUUUGCUGUUUGAAAUGGGCAAAAAGGACUUCAAUUCUAUUUUCCUCACCGUUUUUUGCGCAAUGGCUCUGAAGCUGCACUGUGUUAGCUCCAUGUCUGUCGCAGGGCUGGGAUAUGUUGUUACAGCAGCUGUUGUGCUUUCAGCUGUGCCUGUCAGCAUGGUCGAACACGCUGAGUUUUCCAAGGCUGGGAAGGAACCUGGCCUUCAGAUUUGGAGGAUCGAGAAGUUUGAUCUGGUACCGGUGCCAAAAAAUCUGUAUGGAGACUUCUUCACAGGAGAUUCCUACCUGGUGCUGAACACCAUCAGGCAGCGGAGUGGGAACCUCCAGUACGACCUGCACUUCUGGUUAGGAGAUGAAAGCUCGCAAGAUGAGCGUGGGGCAGCUGCCAUAUUCACUGUCCAGAUGGAUGACUACCUUCAAGGGAAGGCUAUUCAGCACCGCGAAGUGCAGGGCCAUGAGUCCUCAACUUUCCUGGGUUACUUCAAAUCUGGCAUCAAGUACAAGGCUGGUGGCGUGGCAUCUGGCUUUAGACAUGUGGUUCCCAAUGAAGUAACGGUGCAGAGGCUUCUGCAGGUCAAAGGCAGGCGAACAGUGCGAGCGACGGAGGUCCCUGUGACCUGGGAGAGCUUCAACACGGGAGACUGUUUCAUCCUUGACCUUGGCAGUAACAUCUUUCAAUGGUGUGGCUCUGACAGCAACCGCCAAGAACGGCUGAAGGCCACUGUGCUGGCCAAGGGGAUUCGGGACAAUGAGCGGAAUGGUCGUGCCAGGGUCCUGGGACCAAAGCCCAGUUUGCCAGCAGGAGCUUCUGAUGAGACUAAAACUGAUACAGCCAAUAGAAAGCUGGCUAAGCUCUAUAAGGUCUCCAAUGGGGCUGGGAACAUGGCAGUUUCCUUGGUGGCAGAUGAGAACCCCUUCUCCCAGGCAGCCCUGAGUACGGAUGACUGCUUCAUUCUGGACCAUGGCACAGAUGGGAAGAUCUUUGUUUGGAAAGGCAGGAGUGCCAACUCUGAAGAGAAGAAGGCAGCACUGAAAACAGCUUCUGAGUUUAUUGAGAAGAUGGGUUAUCCAAAACAUACCCAGGUCCAAGUCCUCCCCGAGAGCGGCGAGACACCUUUGUUUAAGCAGUUCUUCAAGAACUGGCGGGACAGGGACCAGACGGAAGGACUGGGGCAGGCUUACGUUUCUGGUCAUGUUGCCAAGAUCGAGAAGGUACCUUUCGAUGCUGCCACUCUGCACACCUCCAAGGCCAUGGCUGCCCAGCAUGGAAUGGAGGAUGAUGGCUCUGGCAGGAAACAGAUUUGGAGAAUAGAAGGCUCAGAGAAAGUGCCAGUGAAUCCAUCGACUUAUGGCCAGUUCUAUGGAGGGGACAGCUACAUUAUCUUGUACGAUUACCAGCAUGCUGGAAAACAGGGACAGAUUAUUUAUACUUGGCAGGGUGCUGAUUCCACUCAAGAUGAAAUUGCAGCCUCUGCGUUCCUCACAGUACAGCUGGAUGAGGAGCUGGGAGGCAGCCCUGUGCAGAAACGAGUAGUGCAAGGAAAAGAGCCACCUCAUCUGAUGAGUAUGUUUGGUGGAAAGCCCUUGGUUGUUUACAAGGGUGGGACCUCUAGGGAAGGAGGCCAGACAGCACCUGCAGAAACGCGGCUGUUCCAGGUCCGGUCCAGCACCUCGGGAGCUACCAGAGCUGUGGAG